AUGUCCGAAAAAUUGUGCCUAACAAUAAACGACAGCAAUGAUCCCAGCUAUACCGGCCUGGUCCUACCUUACCGAGUUAUCUGCCGGCAGAGAUACAGGCGGGCGGGCGUACUCCAGAGAAGGCAGUUCAUAAAAGAAAUUAAGGACCACGAACUUUUGCAGACACAGGCCCUGCACGGCGUGAGGAUCCACAGGGAGUUCUGCAACGCGAACCUCUGCGCGCCUCGCAUCGAGGACAUGGUCAAGCUUACGAAUCAGCAGAAGCGAAAAAUAGAAGAGAUCCUGAAGUAG